AUGUCAGACAACGAGGGGCCAGUCGCCUCUGAUAAUAACCGUCGUACUCCGACGCUCAGAUCAACUGGUGUACGCCGAAAGGAAAAUGGCGACUCCCCGGAUUCGCAAGCCGAGGGUGCAAAGGAGUGGGAGUCCUUUGGAAGAGCCUCGCGACGCCCUAGCUUUUUGGAUAACCUAGCAGACUCCCGAGACUCACAGUUCCAUGUCGAGGACAAAAGUGAACUAGAAAGAUACUUCCACGGGCCCCGAAAUAUGACCCAACACUCAAAAUGGCCAAUUGUUAUGCGGAUACAAGGGAGUAUAAUGCCACAGCUAAUCAUACCUCUGCUGAUUGUCGGAGGCUGGGCUACACUAAUUACUUGCAUGUCUCAUUUCUAUCACGAUCUCGGAAUCAACAAUAUUUUACUUACCGUACUGGGAUUCCUAGUUGGCUUGUCGCUGUCAUUCCGUGGCUCAACUGCCUAUGAAAGAUGGGCAGAUGGACGAAAAUACUGGGCCUCACUUAUCCAAACUUCGCGGAAUUUAGCCCGUAUUAUUUGGAUACAUAUUGAUGAAAGGGAAGAUGAGGGGAACGUGGAUCUGCUAAGAAAGCUAUCUGCUCUCAAUUUGAUCCUCGCGUUUGCAGUGGCUUUGAAGCACAAACUUCGAUUUGAACCAGAUGUUGCAUACGAAGACUUGGCAGGAUUAAUUGGCCAUUUAGAUACGUUUGCCCUUGAUGCCCACGAUCGGGAGAUGUUGAAUCCUCACCAUAAAACACCGUGGAAGUCAGUGGGUGAAUAUUUGAGCUUGUCAUUUGCCAAAUCAAAUCCACGCAAAUUAAUCAAGCGUUCGAAAAAGCCACUUGGGCAUCUCCCUGUUGAGAUUCUCCUUCAUUUAUCUUCCUAUGUUGAUUCUUGUGUCAAGAAUGGCACACUUUCCUCGCCCAAUUCCAGGGUCAAACAAGUAGUGACAUUAAUUGCCUCACUGAACGAGAUUUUGACUGGAACAGAGCGGGUCUUGGAUACACCUCUCCCUGCUGCUUAUAGCAUUGCUAUCGCCCAGAUAUCCUGGAUAUACGUUAUGCUGCUUCCUUUCCAGCUUUAUAAAUUCUUGAAAUGGACUACUAUUCCUGCCUCCAUGGUUGCUGCAUAUAUUAUAAUUGGUCUCCUCACAAUCGGUAGCGAGAUCGAGAACCCUUUUGGCCAUGACGUGAAUGAUCUCCCACUUACGUCGUACUGUCGCCAGAUUGCAAAAGAGCUUGAUAUAAUCACUGCAAGUCCUGCUCCAGAUAUUGAAGAUUUUAUGACACGCCCGGAAAAUCUUGUUCUGUUCCCGCUUAGCCAGGCUGGGUAUCCUACGUGGAAAAAUAGAAACAGAGAGGACAUCAGAGCCGCUUUGCGUGCCAAAUUCGUUGCAAAUCCAACCCAAAACCCUGCUUUAGCUGGCUCAAGUCAGUCCACAAGGAAGGCAAGUUUCUCCACAAGGCAGACGAUGGAGUCUGUUUGA